AUGAAAACAGAUCAAACAGAAAAUAUUUUGGGUUUUGGCAAGGCAUCUAUAAUUAAGUAUACAUACACAGAUCUAUCUAUCUAUCUAUCUAUCUAUCUAUCUAUCUAUCUAUCUGCCUGCCUGUAUGUAUGUAUGUAUGUAUGUAUGUAUCUAUCUAUCUAUUUAUUCUGUCCACAUCUAUCUAUCUAUCUAUCUAUCUAUCUAUCUAUCUAUCUAUCUAUCUAUCUAUCUCAGUCUUUUCAUAUCUAUCUAUCUAUAUAUCUAUCUAUCUAUCUAAACAUCUAUUCUUUAUAUAUCCAUCUAUUCAUCUAUCUAUCUAUCCAUCUAUCUAUCUAUCUAUCUAUCUAUCUAUCUAGCACGAGUCUUUUCUUAUCUAUCUAUUUACCAAUCUAUCUAUAUAUCUAUGUCAGUCUACCUCAUAUUAUAAAAUCUAUCUAUCUAUCUAUCUAUAUAUAUCUAUGUCAGUCUACUCAUAUCUAUCUAUCUAUCUAUCUAUGUCAGUAUACUCAUAUCUAUCUAUCUAUCUAUCUAUCUCAGUCUUUUCAUAUCUAUCUAUCUAUCUAUCUAUCUCAGUCUUUUCAUAUCUAUCUAUCUAUGUCAGUCUACUCAUAUCUAUCUAUCUAUCUAUCUCAGUCUUUUCAUAUCUAUCUAUCUAUCUAUCUAUCUAUCUAUCUAUCUAUCUAUCUAUCUCAGUCUUUUCAUAUCUAUCUAUGUCAGUCUACUCAUAUCUAUCUAUCUAUCUGUCUCAGUCUCUUCAUAUCUAUGUCAGUCUGUUCACAUCUAUCUAUCUAUCUAUCUAUCUAUCUAUCUAUCUAUCUAUCUAUCUAUCUAUCUAUCUAUCUAUAUCUAUCUAUCUAUCUAUCUAUCUAUCUAUCUAUCUAUCUAUCUAUCUAUCUAUCUCUUGCAUGCAACGCAAUACUAUUACAAUACUAUCGCAAUACUAUUACAAUACUAUCGCAAUACUAUUAG